ACUUCAUUACACUUCUCUUAUCCCGAUUUGUUCUUCUAAAUUAAAACCUAUUUUCUUCCCACUUUUAACUCUUAAUAGAUGGCUGCACCAACAGACAACCUUCAGGGACCUUUAAAAUACCAGACUUGGACCUUGAGAGUCCCAAUACAUUGUGAAGGUUGCAAGAAGAAAGUGAAGAAAAUUCUGCACAAAAUUGAUGGAGUAUAUAUGACAGAAAUUGAUUCACACCAGCACAAGGUUACAGUGACAGGCAAUAUAGAAGCUCAGACUCUUCUCCACAAACUUUCUAAAUCUGGUAAACCUGCUGAACUAUGGGCGGAUAAGUCUGUUUAUAAAGGGAAAUUGGUAGAUGAACCAAUUCAUCAAAAUCAAGAGACUAAACCCACCAAUAAAAACAGUAAGAAAAACAGUACCAAAGACCACAAAGCAGAAAAUCAAGCAAAAUCUACUAAAAUUCCUAAUGGAAAUGAGAAGAUUAGUAUGCCUGACAGUCAUAAUGAUAAAAACUUGAAAAUCCAAGAAGGAAAAACUGGUGGAAAUUGUGAUAAUGGUGAUGGAAAAGGGAGUGGUAAUAAUAAUGAUAAGAAGAAGAAAAAGAAAAGUAAAGGAAAUGGAAGUUCUGGAAAUGGUGAUUGUGUUGCUCCUCAACAAGCAUCAAGUCUUGUAUCUGAAGCAGUAGCUGCAGGAGGGUCAAUGCCUGUCGGGACGAAUUCCGUUCGUCCAGCUCAAGUGCCGAAGCCUGCUAGUGGCGGAGUCAAAUGCCCUCCGACACUUGCAGGCGAGGAAGGAACACCUUCAAAAAGUGCACCAGGACCAGCACCAGAACCGACACCAGCACCAGCACCAGCACCAGAAUCAACAACAGCAUCAGCACCAGCACCGGAUCCAACAACAUCAACGUCAGCUACAGAACCAACAACACCAGCACCAGCACCAACACAACAAACACAACCACAAACAUUGCAAGAAGAGAAUCCCGGGCCUUUGCUGCAGCAUGGAAGGCCCAUUGAAUCUGUAAACCUUGGAUAUCCGGCCUGCGGCAUAGGGCCUCCUAGACAAGGCUACGAAAAUGGGCCAUAUCUCGGGCCUAUAGAUAAUUUCAGGCCCAUUCCACAGCAGGAUUACAUGUACCCUCCUCAUGGUCUAGCACAACACUACCCAAUUUCACAACUUGGAAUCAGUUAUAGUAUGGCACAACCUAGCAAUAGUACCUCUUAUUAUGCCCCACCAUAUUACGCCUAUGAAUAUUCUCGGCAUCCCAUGAUGCAUAUUCCACCUCCUUCCAACCCAAUAAAUUAUGUUAAUGAUGAUCAUUAUUACAAUGAUGAUUCUAGACAGUGCCGUUUGAUGUAGCACUUAUUUAGUGUAAAAAUGCAUUUUCGAUUGUGUAAAACAAAACAUAUUUAAUGGUAAUAUGAAUGGUUU